AUGGUAUCAAUUAGAGCCAAACCUCGGUUUCGGCAGCUCCAGAAGAUCGAGCCCAAUUACUGUCCGGGGACGAUCACUCAGUAUGAAUCCGACAGGACCGGCAUGCGUGUGGUCGUGGUGGACCAGGAAGGGCCGAAGUUGCACGGGUUUUUUGUCCUAGCCACCGAAAUCCAUGACGAUUCAGGCGCGCCUCAUACGUUGGAGCAUCUCUGCUUCAUGGGCUCCAAGAGCUACAAGUACAAGGGCUUCCUUGACAAGCUGGCCACUCGAGCAUACUCGGGCACCAACGCGUGGACGGCGACUGAUCACACUGCCUACACUUUAGAAACGGCGGGCUGGGCUGGAUUUGCCCAAAUCCUGCCAGUGUACCUCGAACAUGUCAUUCUUCCCACACUCACCGACGCAGGGUGCACCACCGAAGUCCACCAUAUCGACGGCAACGGCAACGAUGCCGGCGUGGUGUACUCUGAAAUGCAGGGUGUGCAGAACACAGCUUCCGAGCUGAUCGAGCUGCAGUCCAAACGGAUUGUGUAUCCUGAAGGUGUCGGGUUUCGUUACGAAACCGGAGGCAUGAUGGAACAACUCCGUAUUCUGACCGCUGAGCGUAUAAGGCAGUUUCAUCGCGACAUGUAUCAGCCGAGAAAUCUGUGUUUGGCACUCUUCGGAGAAGUCAACCACCAGGAGCUUUUGACGAUCUUGGACGAAUUCGAGUCGUCAAUCAUGGCCGACAUCCCGAGUCCAGAUGCACCUUUCAAACGACCUUGGAUUGAAUCCAAGCAUGCACCUGCUCUGACCGAGUCCACUGUAACGCGCGUGGAAUUCCCAGAGGAGGAUGAGUCGUUUGGGGAGAUCGAUAUUCGCUUCCUUGGACCUGACUGUUCCGAUUUGGUGGCUGCUUCGGCACUGAACGUGGUCCUCUUGUACCUCGCUGGCUCGUCUGCGGCAGUACUCGACAACACUCUCGUGGAGAAAGAACAGUUGGCUAGUGGCGUGUAUUACCAGAUUGACAGCCGCCCUCGAACCGAAGUGGCCUUCUCCAUGUCCGGUGUCGAGACUGGACGGCUGCCGCAGGUCGAAAAGCGGUUCUUUGAGGUCCUCCAAGAUGCAAUGAACGCCCCGCUGGACAUGGCGUUCAUGCAAGACUGCAUCGAUCGUCAAGUUAGGACGUCCAAAUUCAAUGCGGAGGCUUCCUCGACGGCAUUUGCCGACUACAUUAUCUCCGACUACCUCUACGGAAAGCGUGACGGGUCGACUCUGGAAAAUAUCAAGUCCUUGGAACAGUAUACAAAGACGCUGACGUCGUGGAGCGAGCAACAGUGGAAGGAUUUCAUCAAGCAUUAUAUCUCUGAUGCGCCGCAUGUGUCUAUUCUGGGUGUCCCUUCCGCGAGACUGUCUGAACAACUCAAAACAGAAGAAGCCGCGAGGAUUGAGGAACAGAAGAAACGAUUGGGCGAAGAUGGCUUGAAGAAGAUGCAGGAGAAACUCGACGCUGCGAAGGCCGAAAAUGACCGUGAGAUCCCACGAGAACUCUUGGGACAAUUCAAAGUUCCAUCGACCGAGUCAAUACAUUUCGUGACGACAUCAGGUGCUCGUGCAGGGCUGGCUCUUGAGGUUGGCAAGCCUCAGAACAAGUACCAGCAGGUCAUUGACUCCGAUGCUGCUGGCGUGCGGUUGUUCCUGGACUUUGAACAUAUUCCUACCAACUUUGCUCGGGUCAACCUCAUUAUCUCCACGGAGGUUCUGCCCGAUGAGCUUCGACCUCUACUCUCCAUCUACAUGGAAUCUUUCUUCAAUCUGCCGCUGAAGCGGGGCGACAAAAUCAUAGAUUUCGAACAAGUCGUGGUUGAACUUGAGCGGGAUACUGUCGGCUACAAUAUUGAUUCGGCUGGUGGUCUGGGCAACAAUGAAGGCAUCCGGGUCAGCUUCCAGGUGGAGAUUGAGCACUACAAGGUGGCUAUCAAAUGGCUUAGUGAACUCCUGUACAAGUCAAUUUUCGACAUUGAAAGACUCAAGGCGAUCAACACCAGACUCCUGGCCGACGUUCCCGAUGCAAAGCGCUCUGGAGACGACAUGAUGGUGGCUGUCCGGCUGAUGACACACCUUGCACCGAAAUCGAUUGGUCGCGCACGCAGUACUCUGGUCAGAGCACUGUAUCUGAAGCGUAUUAAGCAACUACUCGCUGCGGACCCGAGCAAAGUGGUUACCCAGUUAGAACGGCUACGUGAACAUAUGUGCCGGUUCGAGAACUACCGUAUCCUGGUCAUUACGGAUUUGACCAAGGUUCAAGACCCUGUCAGCGCUUGGAAACCUUUCCUGGAGGGUAUGGACACGGAGAAAGGACUAAAUCCAAUUGGGAAGAGAAUUGAAAGACUAAGCGAGGCAGGCCAGAAUCCUGGACAACUAGCAUAUGUUGUGCCGAUGCCCACUAUCGAUAGUUCUUUCGCAUAUGCGUGUGCGAGGGGUCCAACAUCUUGGGACGACCCCGCUAUGCCUGCGGUCAUGGUCGCCAUGGCGUAUAUGAAUGCCGUGGAAGGGCCGUUGUGGGUGGCAGUCCGAGGUACGGGGCUAGCGUAUGGCACCAGCAUGGGCUACGACAUUGAUAGUGGAUACGUCUAUCUUGACGUUUACCGGUCGCCGGACGCGUGGAAGGCGUUCGAGGCCAGUCGCGAGGUCGUGAGGGGCCACAUGGACGGUGGAAUCGAGUUUGACCCUCUCAUGCUGGAAGGUGCGAUCAGUAGCAUCGUCGUGGCGUUUGCGAACGAACAACAAACGUUGGCUGGUGCGGCGGCGUCAAGCUUCAUCCGUGCAGUGAUGAAGGGGCUGCCUGAAGAUCAUAUGGAGCGGCUGUUGAAGAAGGUUCGGGACGUGGGCGUCCCCGAGAUCAAGGAGGCGCUGAGGAACGUAGUGUGGAAUAUGUUCGUGCCUGGCAGAGCUGACGUCUUCACCACAUGCGCACCGGGGUUGAGAGAGGCCAUCUCGGAAGGAUUGAAGGGAGCUGGGUUCAAUGCUGAGGUCAGAGACUUGAACUACUUCCAGGACGAUUAUGGGUUGAAGCCCAUUGGUGGUGAAGAAGAGGAUGACGACGACGAUGAUGGUGAAGUCGAGGUGGCGACGGAUGAUGAGGGAGGGAGUGAGUCAGUUGACAUUGAGGGGAGUGAAGGGUAUGAAAUUAUAGAAGAUGGGGAUGAGGAAUAG